CCUUCCUUCGUCAACAUCGCUCGUACAUCGCUCGCCCAGCCGGAUCCGCUGUUCCUCCGCCAACCAGCAUGCCUCAUUCGUUUACGGAACAGGCUGCUGGCCCCGACAGCUCCGUCCUCUGUGAAAACGGCAUCACGACUCUGGCACAGGUCCGCUCUGCUGCGUGUGGCAUGGCCCCCAUUCUUCGCAUUCUCCCAUCUGACACUGCCGCUGCUGCGUCGCCGUGCUUUCUCCCUCUCGCCAUCCAGGUUCGAGAGCUUACCACUGAAGAGCUUGUGCGAAUCGGGCUCAAGACCGGCAGCGCAAUAUCGCUGCAGCGACUGGCCCGCUUUGAGCCCUGUAGCCGGCUCCUUGCGUCUCUUGGGCUGGCUCAUCUGCGCGACGUCUUUCUUGACCACGACCUGUUCUCGAUUGAGGAGAUCCUCGCCCUCUCUCGUGGCCGACUCAAGCUCCUGGGGCUCAAGACCGGCGAGAUUUUGAGGCUUAGGCUUGCGCAAGAACCCGAGGGGCCCAACGACACCAACUGGCAACAUGCCCCCGAAAGUGUGCAGCGCUUUCUUGCCGACAGCGGAUUCACGGGGCUGUCUUCCCGCUUUGCCCAAGAGUCCGUCGACAACUUGACGCUGGUGGGCCUGCUUGAGCGCCAAGACCUGCUCGAUCUUGGCCUUGCCAACGACGACGAUGUGGCCAAGUUCAUCGCCUUCCGGGACUUUUCUCCAACAUCGCCGCUGCGGCAAAACAUUCCGGCCAGCCUCAUCCAGUUCCUUGAACAUGCAAAGUUGGUGCCGAUCUGGCGAGUCUUUGCCCGCCAUGGACUCAUGACUCUCUCGGAGAUCCAGGAGCUGUCCUCGGGCGAGCUCGAGAGAAUCGGCUUGAGCCUGGGCCAGGUCAAAAGGUGCCUGAGAUCCGUCCGAGAGCUCUGUUUGAAGCAGUUUUUGGAAGAGCACUCCCUCUCCGAGCUUCAGGAUCGACUGCUGGCCUACAAUCACGACGAAGUCAAGAAGCUUCGCAUCAUGACCAAGAACGAGUUCAAGCAGCUGGGGCUUACAGCCUCGCAGAUCCAGACCAUCCAGACCCGGCUGGACUCUGACCAAGCCGCAACGGGCUCUCAGACUUUGCUUUCCAAAAGAGUCGCUCCGACCUCCAUGGUGGUUCAGAUCAGCAAAACACCGGACGACUAUCUUCUGGCGGCGAAAAGCGCUCUGGACACCGUCGCUAGCCUUGAGAACAAGCUCGGCAACAACAAGUUCGGCGAAAGCCAGCCCGACGAAAACAAGUCCGAAGAACGCAAGCCAAGCUCGGAGGACAUUUUCAAGCUUGCCCUGGAUGAAAGCUGGAGAUGCAAUGACAGCUACAGCACCCACGACUUUUUCUUGAGGUGA